AUGUCCGAAAACCUCUCCCUCAUCCCCGAAAAGAACCGCCCCCCGGAGACCCCCAUCACCUCCCUCGGCCACGAACUCGGCAUCAUGUUCGGCUUCAUGGCGGCUUGUGUGGUGAUUGUGGUGAUUUACGUGAUAUUCUGGCGGGCAGCCGAAAAACGCGAAGAAGCCCACCAAGCCCACCGGCGCGAACGGCUCGCCGCGCAACACGCCCGCGACUACCAAGCGCGGGGCGGCGGGGGCAUCGGCGGGGUGCAUGAGAAGAUGGCUGAUGCGGAGGGGUCGGGGGAGAGGAGGGUGGAGUUGCCUGGGUGUAGUUCUUUGGGGGAGGGUGUCUAUAGUGAGGGUGGCGGCAAUAGCAAGACUACUGCUGGUCAUCCUGGGGCUAUGAUGGUGGGAGGGACGAGGUUUGAGUUUGAGUUUGGGUUUGGAGGGGGGGAUAGUCCUGGUCCUGGGGCUGGUUCUGGGGCUGCUAGUGGUGGUGGUGGUCAGGGUUAUGGUCAGAGGGUAUGA